CUGUUUGCUUAUCAACGUUCAUUUGGCUACUUUUUAGUAGUAGCUUCACAGGAUAAACCCAGCCCCCAACCCGAGCCGGCUUCAUCCUCUGCAAGUGCAUCACCAACACAACCGGCUCAGUCCGCCACGUCCAGCACGGUCGCUGCGCCCACCAGUAGUGGUAAUACAUCCGUAAUCGAGAACGGGGACCCGAUUGACUCGGAAAAACCGUUGGAAGAACGUGUCAAAUAUGCUCAACAGUUACUUGAGGCCAAACGUCGUUUAGAAGCGGAAGAGGAAAAAAAGAAAUCUAUCGACGCGGAGAUUACUCGACGCCAAGCGGGUAAAGCGCUACAAGAUUUCAAGGAGCGUCAACGUGCUUUGGAAAUUCAGGAAGCAAUGGCUCAACGUCGAAAGGAUGCCGCCGAGGAUCGCCUGCUUCGCGAACGACUCCGGCAACAGAUCGAGGACGAUCGUCGAGCCAAAGAGGAACGUGCACGUAUGAUGAAUCCUCAAAAUGAGGCCAGUCCAGCCCAACCGGUUGGCGCUCCACUGAUGACAGCCGCCCAGAUGAUGACCACGAAUUCGACCAAUUGUGAUCAGGUUGGUUUUUCCUCGUCUCUCUCUAUCUCUCUCUCUCUCUCUCUUUCUCUUUCUGUGUGUGCGCGCACGUGCAUGGGUGCGUCAGUUUGA